UACACCCGACGACUACGUGACUAGUCAUGUAAUUUUUCCAUGUUUUUCUCUUCGCGUAGUGAAUAAAAACCGCACGCUCGUCUCUAAAAUUUUACAGUAUUUUUUUUCCUAGCCGGAAGAAUUGUUCAAUUGAAACUUCAUAAAACAACCCUCUAGUAGAUUCACCAUGGUCUCAGGUUUUCUAAUAUUAUUAUUAACAACUGUAGCUAUUCUCCCAGAGGUGAAGAGCGUAGCAAAAUUGGCUGAGCCGGGAGAAUUUCCUUUCAUCGCAAUCAUUACUGCUAAUAAUAAUGUCACCACCUUCGGGGUCCUCAUCAGUGCUAACGAAGUUGUAGCAGCUUCCAUAAAUAUACCCAUCCCUCCUCAAAUAAUUACAAUUCAAUUCGGAUGCAUAUUUCUAAAUAAUUGCAAUACUCCAAAAUUCUUAGUUGAGCGCCUUGAAAUGGACAGGCGAGUGAACAUCUUCAGAAUGAAGCUUUCAAAUAAUACUCAUCAUAUUGCGCCAAUACCAAGGGGUCCAUCACAGAAUUAUGAUAGUUACUCGUGUAAAUUCGUGGGAUCAGACUUGAAUUCUCGGAGAAUAUUGUCGCUGGAUGUGAUACCUAUUAAUAAAGAUGAUUGUCUAAAAGUAGGAAUGACUAUUUUUCCGGACCAGCAAUGUUUUGAAGAUCCAUCCUUGUCUCACGAGUUCAACUGGGGAGACGUUGGCGGUCCAGUGAUUUGUCAUGGAUUUCUGAUUGGACUGCUUUCCGCAAAUUCUAGGCUAACUCAGAAUAUACAGUUCAUGUAUGAUUUAACUAGGCGCCGGCGGCAAAGUAAAGAAUUUUUGCGAAUGCCAUACCGAAUACUCGGAUAGCAAUGUUUAGAGGAUAAACCUUAUGAUAUAUUUUGAUGAUUACAUCCCAUACUUGUAGUGUAAGAAAUUAUGAAUAUUCUUGAAAUGUUUAUGUCGUCUUGCGACAAAUUUUUAUUCUGUAAUUAAUUAUGACGGUAUAAUAAAAAAUGCCACGAAUCGAGUAGAAAUUGCGA